AUGUCUAUCCCGCUGUUUCUCUGCUUCGUUCAACCGUCGUUCGCCCAGGGGAACUCGACGAUCUUGGAAGGGUGGCAGAUGGAAGAUAACAGUCGCUCGUCAUGGGAUAUUCUCUGGACAUGUCUCGUCACCAUUUUUGCCUGCACAUGGACGGCUCUGCAUCCCCAGGUUCCUCCAUAUGGCUCGUCUGGCGUCCUGAUCAAACAUCUCAUAUGGAUUGGAGCCAUCCUAGCUCCGGAGUUGAUGACUUUCACGGCUAUGCAGGAAUUCUGGGAAGUGCGGUCAAUAGUGGCGCGUUGCAAUGCCGCUCAAGCGACGGCUAUCGAAUCGUCGCCCGAGCGAACAAAGCCUCCAGCAGAGGUGCAGACACGUCAAGUGCAAGCCCCUUGGACCUUUCUCCAAGGAUUUUGUAUCCGAAUGCGCGGGCUCGUCCUGCAGACCAGGGACGAUUGGGUUUAUCCCGUGCGGCCGGCCACUGUCGUGCCUCUCAUACAGGCCGGGAUCAUUAAACAAACUGACUUGAGAGCCUGGGAAAUCGAGGACCGGGCUAAAGCUGACUCGCUUGCAAAGGCAUUCACUGUCCUGCAGAGUCUAUGGGUAAUAUGCGACGUUAUCGGCAGAGCAGCAUAUCGUCUACCUGUCACCCCGCUCGAAAUUUCCACAGUGGCUUAUGUGGUUUGCGCCGUGAUAGCGUACGCAAGCUGGUGGCAUAAGCCAAAGGACAUGAACACCCCAAUCGUCAUCCAUCUGCCAUAUGCUCUUGAUGGCGACGAGAUCCCACUGCACAUCCGAAACAUCUUGGAGAUAGAAGAAAAACUACGGUUCCAUCUGGCCCAAGAUGGAAGCGCCGAAAGUGAACGGGCCCAAGACGGAAAAGAGGAGGAACCUAAUGGAGUCCUUCCAUUUCUCGUUUGGGUUUGUAAACACCCUAGCAAAAGGUGGAAGGUGUUCAAAAGAAAAUUCAAGAAUAGGCAUCACCCAGGCUCGCCAACAGCGGAGGCAACUAAAGCUUCUCCAUCCGCUGACCCUGAUAUGGAGGCAUCGGGCACCUAUUCACCUACAGAUAAUGUUGGGAAAUCUGGAGUUUCUGGGCCCACAAACAGCUUCCAAGAAAGCCUAAAAGUGGGCCAACAGCUAGCACUCGAUAUGUUAACCUUCAUUAUCGCGCUUGUAUUCUGUGGUGUUCAUGUCGCCGCAUGGAACUUCACCUUCCCAACUAUGGCCGAGAAGACUGCCUGGCGGGUCUUUUCAAUUAUUGCGUUUGGUAUAUGUUGGCCAGUGAUCAUAUUCGGCGAACUGCCGCUCUUCAGGAUGUGGUGUACUUAUGGAGCUGCUUCCCAAGUCGCACCGGGAGCUAUGGGACUUAAACCCCUAGUACGUAGUGGGGUCUUGAUCUCUCUUUUCAUCUACGCUGUUGCCCGCUUGGGAAACAUUAUCCUCAUGCUGAUAUCAUUGAGAGCUCUCCCUGCUGGAUCCUAUAUAUCUGUGGAUUGGCUCGCAACCAUCCCGCACAUAUAG